AUGCGGGCCUGGACCAAGGCAGCAGCUCUGCUGCUUGUGAAGUCUGUCGUUGGCGAGUCCAUGCCUGUGUCCGGCCGCAGGGUUUCCGCCACUGAAACGGUCCCUACUGCAUAUAUUACAUUGAACGUGUCGGUGGAGGAUGCGGAAACACAAGUUGUCCCUUUCCGUCUUGAUCUCGCCGAAGCCGAGGAGCCCUGCUCCCCGGCAAACGUCCGCGUCAACGGCCAGCGCCUUACUCAGGACGCCGACGGCUUCGGCCACGGCGCGCUGGCCCUCGACCAGGAUCUCAGCAUCACCGCCAACUGGACCUUUACGUGCGAGUCGCUCAAGCAGGCACUCACCAUUCACGUGCUCUCUGUCAACAGCAGCCCCGUCAGCGACGCCGACGGCCAUGACGCCUCCUUGAUCGCCCACUUUUACCAGACAACGCCCGUGCAGAUUGCCAGCGUCGAGCGCGUCGCCAGCGUCCGCUACCUGCACCUGCACACGACCGUCACCGAGUCCCUGGACCAGAGCGGCGACGAGCACUCCCACGGUGAUGAUGGUCCUCCCGGUGACGGCGUCGUUGUUGGCACCUUUGAGGAGCAGGUAUCGCGGCUCAUGGACCUCCGCAGCCAAGCGCGCGAGCUCGCGGCACUCAUCCGCCAUCAAAAGGCCGCCAUUUCAGCAGACGGGAUGAAGCAGGGGAUCAGAGUUGAGGAGGACCGCGCGCCCACGCCGCUCAGCGAAUGUCGCGACGUGCGCUGCGCGUUCAAGGCCCUGGCCUACCCGUUCAGACACAGCCACGACGGGGUGUGCAAGAGCGCGAGCGGCUGGCGCGCCGUGUUUGGUUGCGCCUCGGACGAGGCGGAGGAUGAGCAUCAAUGGUGGGAAGAGGACAACGACUUUGACGACGACUUUGGCAUGGAUAAUGAGGAGUGGAUGGAGAUGGUCUCCGAGGAGGGUUUCUACUCCACCUACGAGGAGGACAUGAUGGCGGCUGAAUACAACUCUACUCGCCGACGCAUGCUGCUGCUAGUCGCCGAGACUGCCUUUGUCUUUGGCACCGCCGUCUUUUGCUUCACUGCCUUGCUGCGACGCCUCACCCACAGCCGCUCAACAAGCACAUCCAGCGAUCUGCCCCUGUAUCAAAACGCCCGCUACUUUGACGAGCCCAAGACACUCAUCUCAUUUGCCUUUGUGGAUGGCCCCGCCGACGAGACCAGCUACCCUGGUUAUAGUGACGACGACAGCGACGAUAAGGCGGCGGCGGCACGCAGUGAGACGAUGACGACAACCACGACCACGACAGGAACGGUGGCGGAUACUUUUUCGGAAUUGCGAGCGGCGGCAGAGGUUGUGAGCGAUUUGGUCGCCGUGGAGGCGGCGGGGCAGGACGAGGCGCCGCCGGCGUAUGAGCGUGUGGAUGAGAGGGAGCAUUCGCUGUAA